AAAAAUGUAUCCAAUUACUAGGGUGACCAGGUUCCUAUAUGGACAUUCAUAGACAGAGGCCUAACCAGAGCCCAGUGGACACCAAUAAUAUCGCAAAGCCCAGGCUGUCACAAAGGCAGCUCCUGACCAGUGAGAAGCACAGAGAGACAACCAGGUGGCCACAAGCACUGCUGUUUUGAGAGGCUCAGGCUGGGACAACUGAAAUCAAGCUAGGACAACUGAAGCCAAACACAGCAAGCAUCAUGGCUGGGAAGAAAAGAAGGCAGAACUCCUCUAAACCUAGGAAGCAGGCAGUGUCCCGGUCCACAAGAGCAGAGCUGCAGUUUCCCGUCAGCCGUGUGGAGCGUUGCCUGAGAGAGGGUGGCUAUGCCCAUCGCCUGGGCUCAUCCACACCAGUGUUCCUUGCUGGGGUUCUCAAGUACUUGAGAGCCAACAUCCUGGACCUGGCUGGCAAGGAGGCCCAGGGCAAGCGCAAGAAGUGCAUCGCCCCACAGCACCUGGAGACAGCGAUGGAGAACAACCAGCAUCUCCGUCCCCUUUUCCAGGAUGGCCCUAAGUCUCUGCUUGAUGAGACGUCCCAACCCAAGAAGAAGUGA